AUGGGCGCCACAGGGGCCAAGGAAUUAAGCGACAAGAUUGAUCUCUCCCAGGUUGGCGCCUACUGGGAGCGGCCUGCUCGCAAGCUACUAGUAUACAGCUCCGUCUCGUGCCGUGUCGUGGGCAACCCGUCGGACGCAACACACAACCGCUCUCCAAGUUCCAACGGGCAUCAUACCACCGCACCUACCUUAUCCCACCACCUCGCCGGCCAGCGACUCUGUGGCUACUCUGCGACAGCCAUGCCUUGCACUGUAGUCUUCGUUCGCCACGCCCAAGCGCUCCACAACGACUACGACAUCCCCGACCCGCCGCUCUCCGACCUAGGCGUCCAACAAUGCGCCGUCCUGCGGGAGUCGCUGCUGGAGCGCUUCGGCCACGUGGCAGCGACCGACGUGACCGUCAUCGUGAGCCCCAUGCGCCGCACGUUGCAGACGGCGACUAUCGCUCUCGACUGGCUCCUCGAACGGGGCGUCGGGUUUGAGGCCAACGCAGACUGGCAGGAGAACUCGUGCAAGCCGUGUGACACGGGCUCUCCCGUCGCCGCCAUCGCGCCCGACUUCCCCCACGUGUCCUUUGCCAACGUCGCCCCCUGCUGGCCGGACAAGACGUCGGCCGCCGCCGCGCCGUUCGCCUACACGCGCACUGCCAUCCUCGCUCGUGGUCAGCGCGCCCUCGAGGGCCUCUACGACGAUGUCACCGCUACGACGACGGCGACGGGGAUGACGACAAAUGGCCCGCCGCCGAACCGGCUCAUCAUCGUCGUCUCCCACUCGGGCUUCCUUCGACUCGCCGUCACGGGCUGGUGGUUCUUCAACGCCGACUACCGUCUCUUCGAGCUAGGGUACGGUGAUCUAAGCAGCGGCAAGGAUGAAAGCCGCCCGCGGUCACUGCUGUUGCGGCAGGACGAGAGCACGUUGACGGGCGGCCUUGGCUGGUCGUCCACCGAGCGAGUGACCUUGGGCGAGGACCUGCCCGACGAGGACGAUGGCGGUGUUCCAGAGGCCAUGUUUGCGUCAGGAUGA